CUUGCAUCAUCGACAGGUAAAGAUCCCGAGGUGGCCGAAGACAGCAACGGGAAGACGUUCACGGUCACCAGCCAUGUCGAAUUUGAUGUCACUAGAGACGAUGAUGGCAUGGACGUCGCCUGUACGGUUCAUCAUCCUUCACUGCCGAACUCAGCCACAUCGACUACUCUGAAGAUACAAGUCUUUUUUGUGCCCGUCGCUUCUAUCGAGCCACAGCCCACGUACCCACGAGAAGGAGACAACCUGAGGCUGCUGUGCAACGGACAAGGCAACCCAGCCCCCCAGGCGUUCGCUUGGCGGAAGGAGGGUGUUGAGGCACCCUUGACAGUGACCCAAGACAACAUGCUUCUCAUCCCCUCUUUGAACAAGAGUGACAGCGGGACCUACAUCUGCAGCGCCACCAAUAUCAUGGGCACCUCAGAAGCGAGGUACAACCUGGCUGUUAAUGAUGCCAGUCCGGUGGCGCACAGCUCCAGUACGUACCACGCCAUCAUCGGGGGAGUGGUCGCCCUCAUCGUCUUCCUGCUCCUGAGCCUGCUCAUCAUUCUAGGACACUACUUGAUCCGGCACAAAGGUACCUACCUGACCCACGAGGCCAAAGGUUCGGAUGACGCCCCCGACGCCGAUACAGCCAUCAUCAAUGCGGAGGGAGGUCAGACCGGUGGCGAUGACAAGAAGGAGUAUUUCAUCUAAGCGGGGAGGGAGGGGUGUGCAGCAGGGCAGCAGGGGGGGCAAGUGGCAAAUCGGACCCGACCUCAACUGAACGACAAACGGAACCCACCCAACCGAUACGUCAAUGGAAUUUCUCUCGCGUCCAAGGAAGGAUGGACGGACGGACAGAUAGAGGGACGAUGGUGGGGACCGAGAGUGGCGGCGGACGGCGAAAGAGAAAGAGAGAUCGGCUUGGCUCACAGUGCUUCUUUGAACUUGUAUAAAACAUUGUUACUAAAUGAAAAAAACCUGGACAUUGAGAACCCCUGAAAAACCCCUGUUCCCGCUUGCUUGUACCUACAUAUCUGCGGCUGCCAUACUCGCACUAUACAAACAGAACUGGAGAGUGAGUGAAACUUUCCUUCUUUCCUUCCUUCCUUCCUUCUUUCUUUCCU